UUACCCUCCUGACCUCGGAUCAUGUCGCUGCAAGUGGCGAGGAGCAUGCGGUCUGUGGCCUGCAGCCUGCGCACCGCCUUGGCCUUCUGCCCGCCGGGGCCCUGGGCGCCGAGCACCGCCUCCGUCCGCUCACUGCACACCGGAUCUGCUUUGCUGUCAGUGCGUAAAUUCACAGAGAAACAUGAAUGGAUAACAACAGAGGAAGGUAUUGGAACGGUGGGAAUCAGCAAUUUUGCACAGGAAGCUUUGGGAGAUGUUGUUUACUGUAGUCUGCCUGAAGUUGGGACAAAAUUGAAAAAGCAAGAGGAGUUUGGCGCUUUGGAGAGCGUGAAGGCUGCCAGUGAACUCUACUCUCCUCUGUCAGGAGAGGUAACUGAAGUCAAUGAAGCACUUGCAGAAAACCCAGGGCUCGUAAACAAAUCCUGUUACAAAGAUGGUUGGCUGAUCAAGAUGACACUGAGUGGCCCUUCAGGGCUGGAUGAAUUAGUGAGUGAUGAAGCAUAUGAGAAAUAUGUGAAGUCCAUUGAGGAGUGACCAUGGCACCCCUCCACGUCCAGAUAAAACUGGGACAUGACCUGCUCCAGCAUGCUUGUCUUAAACUAGUGGAGAGUAGAGGACUUGAAAUAACUUAGC